ACUCAUUAAAUAAUACGAAUCUAUUGGUUGACAUUUAUUAUCAAUUGAAAAUGGCAAGUAAUUAAAGUAACAAAUGAUAAUUAAUAACUGAUAACAUUCAAGAAUACUUUUAAAUAAAACUUAACAAAUGACGUGAUUGAGUAAUGCUCUGCAAACCGUUAGGUUAUAAAAUAGAGAGAAAAUAAAUUUUAGUUUGUUGAUGAUGCAUGACACGGAUGGUAAACGUCAGUAAUUGCAACAUAAUUUAUACUGUAAUUAGUGUCCUGAUAAACAAAAAGUGAAGAAGAUGGUUAAGAAUAAUGAUAAAUUCAGUAUUGAGGAUGCAAAAGCUGUUAUCGAGAGUGGCAAGAACCAAUCACACAUUAAUUACUCAUUAUUAAUAUUGGAGCAAUGUCUUGACACAUAUCAAGUUGAUGAAAUAUUUCUGAGCUUUAAUGGAGGUAAAGAUUGUACGGUGAUGCUUCAUUUGACUGCUGCCUUAUUUAAAUUACGUGGGUUAUCACCGCUGCUGUGUCUUUACGUCACUGAUGAUCCAUUUCCUGAGAUGGAUGAGUUUGUUGACAAAGCGACUCACUACUAUGAUAUCAAACUGAUAAGGAAAAAAAAACCAAUAAAAUCAGCUGUUGAAAGUCUUUUGGAAGAAAACGAGAAGCUGAAGGCCACGUUGAUGGGCAUCAGGAAAGACGACCCGGGUUCAGAGUCUUUGGAGCCGUUCAAAGACACUGAUGAAGGCUGGCCGAAGAUCAUGAGGGUCAGUCCUAUUCUGGACUGGACUUACAGCCAGAUUUGGGAGUUUAUUUUGAAACACAAGGUUCCUUACUGCUCGUUGUAUGACCAGGGGUACACCAGUCUCGGUCACAGGACGACUACAUCUCCGAAUCCUUUGCUACGUGACCCUGAUAAUCCUGCUCGUUAUCUGCCUGCUUACACACUCAAAGACAGCUCUACUGAGAGAAAUGGAAGACAAUGACGAACCAAUAGUCCAAUUAUUAAUCAAUUAACUAUUAAAUAAUUGAAUUUAUUUAUUUAUUUAAUUGCGCCUGUCCUUUUAUCAACCACUUUGUUAAGAUCUGAUGUGUUACUUAAGAUUUAUGCUAAAUGAAAGUGUAUUUUCUACUUAAUUAGGGAUAAUAAAUUGUAUCAAAGUUUAUUUUUUUGGCCGA